GUCCAAGGGCGAUUAAGGGAGGUUUAGCUGGAUAAGGAGAUAAACAUGACGGCGAAACUCCUUCUUCCUCAAAGAGCCACGUUUAAAAGUACUUAAAAGAAAAGCGAAAGAGGGGAAUGUGAAAGCGAAGCCAUGGUGGAAGUGUUCGCCGGCCGCAUUCUACUCAACAAAGACGGUAACUUCGUGGAUCCUGAGGAAGCGCUGAGAAACAAGGUGGUGGGCAUCUACUUCUCAGCAGGAUGGUGCCCUCCGUGCCGCGACUUCACACCGGUGUUGUGCGACUUCUACACGGAGCUGGUUGAGGAGGGCGAACCCCCUGCGCAGUUCGAAGUGGUCUUUGUGUCGUCAGACAAGUCCACCGACGACAUGGUUGAAUACUUCCACGACAUGCACGGUGACUGGCUGGCUCUGCCCUGGACGGACGACUACAGGCUCGAGCUGACGAAGCGCUACAACAUCACGGCCGUGCCCAGGCUAGUGAUCGUGAAGGAAAACGGCGAAGUAAUCACGGACAAGGGCCGAAAGCAGAUCAGAGACAGGGGUUUGGCCUGCUUCCGGACCUGGUUGGACGCAGCUGAAAUCUUCCAGAACUUUAAAGGCUAGAUUGAUGUUUCUCUCCCAGUUACUAAGCUGAGGUACAUAUUUCACAUUGGAAACAUCUUACCACUCAGCAAAAAUGUCACAAAGUGGAUACACAGGUUUAAUUGCUGUAAGUUCUCCAAUUAUUGUUAAAUGAAGAUGAAGUGAUUUUACUGUCACUGUAUGUCGUAGGUAGAUUCCAGAUGAAAUAAUUAUUUUUCAAACCAAUUAAGUGGGCACUAAUUUGUUCAACACCGUCGUUUGGAAUCAUUAAGCCAGAAAACAACAAGGAGGAAGAUUUAGGCUUGAAUGCACUUUAAUCAGGGAUAUUCAAAGUCUGCAGAGUGCAAUAAUAAAAUAAACCAUGAGCUGCUAAAGGUUGGCUACAAAAGUUAACAUUUAAUAUUUUUCAAUGCGAACUGCAGAUAAUGCAAUUCCAUUCUCUUUUCCAAAGCCCAAGUCCUUAAACUCCAGCUACUACUACCCCGCCCUUUUCUCGAUACUUUUGGCCUUCUGGAAUAUUUAAUACCCUAUAAAAGUAUGAAAAACUUUGGGCACCCCUGACAAUUUCUAUUAUUUAAAUUUAUAGAUCAUUGGGUGUUUUGAGCAGCAAUUUCAUUUUGAUGUAUCAAAAUAACGAAGUAAUAUUUCAGAAAUGAAACCAAGUUUGUUGGACAAAUCAUGGAAGAUGUGCAUUAUGCAUCCCAACAAAAUUCCACAGGUGAAGCUCUGCAAACCACAACAAUAAUCCUAUUGAUAAAUGAAUACAGGUAGACCCCAGGUUACGAACGAGUUCCGUUCCUAUGCUGGCGACGUAACCCGAAUUUCCCCGCAAGCCGGAAUUAACCCAUUAAGUACCCCUAAAUACCCACUAAACCUCAAAAUAACUACCCCAAAAAUGUAUUAUACGUCAUAUUAAUAAAAUUUAAAAAAAAAUAAGAUACUGUACUUACCAUCAAUGCUGGUGGAUGGUGAAAAAGGUACAGUGAGUAUGCCGGCUUGUUCACAAGUGGAGACAAAAGUUUCACUGAUGUUUACUCUAGUUUUACUUUUAAACCACAGACAAACUGUAGUGUCUAGUGAACAAACAGGUAAUUCGAUGUGACUUAUGAAGCUUAUUUAGAGCACUGUACUUCCUUAGUAGGAAACAGAAAACAACCUUAUUGGGUGUGCGCUCACUUGAAUUGAACUUCCCAGGAAUUGUACAAUGAUGACAGGAAAACAAAAACAAUGCACGCAAAAUAAAUAAAUAAAAAAAGUUGUAUCAUGUAAAUAUUCAAUUAACCUUAUUGAGACAAUAGCUUUCCUUACUGGCGAAACAAAUAUUUGCAGGGGAAUGUGAACGCUGUUAGACUGAGGAAAAAUACGGAGCUCAAACACACACUGUACACUGUUACACGACUAAAAACAAAACGACUGGAGACAAAAUGGCGGACGAGACUCCGGUGUAAAGUUGAAAUCACGCAAUUCGGCUAACCCAAGGACUACCUGUACAUCUCUGGUAAAUUGACCUUUUACAUACGACAAUAAAUCCAUUCUUAUUCUUAUUUUCAAUAAGUAUGUAUUGGCAUAAAGAAGCCAAAACUGCUGUUGUCUAAAACCUAUGCACUUCAGAGGAACCUCAGGCACAUCUUUUGUGCUACAUGUUUUUUUUUUUUUUUUUUAAUAUAUAUGUCCAGCAUUCUUUGUUAUUUUUUUAAAUACUGUUUCUAUGUGUUAAUAAAAUGAUAUUGUAAUUUCACUGUUUGCUGUUGUGCUGAAGGAGCUUGUGAUGAAAUCUAACGUACAAAUUAUCAAUUCCCUGUAGUAUUGUUAACACACACGGUUGAUGUUAUUAUCGUGCUGGCUCGCUGUAGUGUUAGUUGCAUCGGAUGUGUUUGUGUGUGUGCUGAAUUUGCUGUUGUCUCUCUUAGCAUCCAACAGGUGUGUGUGACAAGUCAGUACAGGCCAUUGCUCUCCAUGGAUUUAUUUUAAAUUCAGCAUUGUCUCUCGAGGACCUGAGUGGCACAGACACUAAAUGUCAACCAUACAAUAUUUAGCCUUCAGAAAUACUAAGUACAAUACCUGUAUGAGAACCCUUUGAAUGAUAUACCCCCCGAAAAUUGGAAAUCCGCGAAGUACAGGUGGAGCUUAUUAACAUAAUUCAUUGUUCAAUGUAUUUAUUUAGAUGUAAGAGAUGUUUUUUCCCCAAAGUAUAAAUAACAAAAAGAACCUUUAUGUCAAUAAGUAUAUUUUAAAAAAAAUGUUUUUUAGGAACUGCAAAUGUAAUAAUUAUGAUAUCAAAGAAAAUGAUUCGAAAAUGUAUACAUGCAUAUGUCUUAACAUUUUUAAAUACUGUAUUUUUUAAUUGAAAGAAAUCUACAAUGGACUGAAGGGGCGAAGUUGAGCGGGAUCACUGUAAUUCCUUUAUUUAAUGUGUAUGAAGUUCUAAUUUAUAUAUGGGGGUCAACAUCUGUAACAGUUACAUACAAAAAAAAAAUUGAGAAUGUUAAUGCAAAAAUGUAUCAACUUGCAGCAUGACUUUUGUUUACUGGUCUGGUUUGAUUUUAAAUGUCUCAAUCACUAGUGCUCAUUGUUUAUAUUUGCACAGAAAUGGUUUUAUUAAUACAGUGUAUCACAAAAGUGAGUACACCCCUGGCAUUUCUACAUAUAUUUAAGU